AUGUCUUUCUUCGUUCGGCAGGCGGCUGUGCGUGCCGCUCGCCGCACAGCGGUUCCGUUUGUGCAUCUAUACCGUAUGGAAUCUACAUGGCAACCAGCUCUCAAGUCAGGUGCCCUACCUGUGUACGAUGAAGCUCUGGCGUUUUUGGAAGAAGAUGCAAAGCAACUCCGUGAACGCAUUGCCUCGGAAAAGGCCAACAGCAAUGCAUCGGACAAGGAGCAACAGCAGCGCGUAGAUGCUCUGGAAAUUGUGUCCAAAAUUAAUUUGCCAGCUACGCGCUGGGCAUUCCAGCAGGGCCAAUACAGUAUGACCAAGCCUGUUUUCCGUCAUUUGCGCGAGCAGUCGUGGCGACUAGGUGGAUCCUUGGACCGUCUUGAAGAGCGCUUGCAGUGCAUGCAUGUUCUCCCAGACGUUGUGCCUAGUGUGCAGCCGACGGUCGAUUUGGAAGUGCUCUUUGGCACAGGCAAUGGUAUCGGUGAUCAUGGCGGUGAGGGCGGCAGCAUUCUGCCAGGUGUGUUCCUAGAUCCUGCACGUACGUUGGAGCCGCCUUCGAUUCGUGCGACAGUCUUCCACCCAGAUGAGCGGAAGUACACGUUAAUGCUGGUCGACCCGGAUGUGCCGUGUGAAGAGACACAGUCAUUCCAGACGUACGUUCACUGGCUUGUGAAAGAUGUGCCGCUAUCGUUGGAAAAGAAUGCCAUCCCUGAAGGCCAUGCAGCGCUGCUCCCAUAUAUCCCUCCGCAUCCCCAGCGCGGCACGCCGUACCAUCGUUACACUAUGCUAUUGUUCGAGCAGACGGCUGAGUCCACCGUCGCUGAGAUCCCUCGGGAGGCGAUGGACGUCUCAGCCUUUGCCUCGGCGCACCAACUGAAGCUCGCAGGCAUCCACUUCUGGCGCGAGCAAUGGACGGAUAAGACCAAGCAUACCAUCAGCACAAUCUAUAAGGACGUGCUGAAAGCAUCAGAGCCACGGUAUGGCCACCCAGGUCGUAUGGAUCGUCUAAAGGACGAGUUGGGUAUGCGUCAGAGCAAGUACUACUAG